AUGGACUCUACUCCGACGCCUCCGAGACUCCAGUUAGACAGGCGCAGUACGCCAAGGCACCACGACCCAGAUGAGAGGUAUGGCAGCCCCCCACAUGGGUCUAGGUUGGCGGGGGAAUACGCACUCGCCCGUCGAGGUGGGACCGCCACCACCCCCUUCUCUAUCGCAGACUUCAGCCCGUCUCCUGGCGACGCAGCUGGAGGCGGUGGUGGUUCCACUCGUCUCUGUUGGACGCCUGCGGAGAAGGUUGUACUCUGGAAGGCGAUCCAGAAACACAAUCCUUUCGCAGAGAGUGGACAAAAGCUGGUGAGAAAACAUUGGCGUAGGGUAGCCGCUUCCGUGAUCGAGGACCAGGACGUGGAGGUGUACACGAACGAAGGAGGCAGGGAGACCGUCCAUGUGGCCAUGGUAGCCGCUUCCGUGAUCGAGGACCAGGACGUGGAGGUGUACACGAACGAAGGAGGCAGGGAGACCGUCCAUGUGGCCAUGUAG